AUGUCGGCUGUGUGGACGGCAGGUGGUGCAGCGGCGGUGAUGGACCGACAAGGGCUCAGCCUUGAGGAAGAAAUGCGGCGGUGGUUGGGUUUUGCAAAUCAGUUCUUUGCGAUUGGUAUUCAUGAAGUUGGUAGUCUUGUAGCUUCAGUUAAGCCAGUUAGUGUAGAUGAUUUUGGAGCCAAAGGUGAUGGAACCACUGAUGACUCAGAGGCAUUUAACAAGGCUUGGAAGGAAGCUUGUUUAUCAUCUACAGGAGCUGUUAAUUUUGUGGUGCCCAAUAACAAAAAAUAUCUUCUCAAACCAGUUACAUUCUCAGGGCCUUGCAAAUCUGAUCUUACAAUGCAGAUCAAGGGAACCAUUAUAGCAUCUGAUAAUCAAUCAGACUACAAGAAUGAUGGAGCACACUGGCUUCUUGUUGACAGUGUUCAGAAUUUAAUGGUUGAAGGUGGUGGGAUUAUCAAUGGAAAUGGGAAUAUAUGGUGGAAAAACUCUUGCAAAGUCAAUAAAAAUCUUCCAUGCAAAGCGGCACCAACGGCUUUAACCUUCAACAACUGCAAGAAUUUGACGGUACAAAAUCUGAAGAUCCAAGAUGCACAACAAAUUCAUGUUACAUUCCAGAAUUGUGUGGAUGUUCAAGUUUCUCAUCUCACGGUCACAGCACCGGGGACAAGCCCCAAUACUGAUGGAAUUCAUGUCUCAAACGCUCAAAACAUCCACAUUAAAAACUGUAUUAUAGGAACAGGUGAUGAUUGUAUUUCUAUUGUGAGUGGGUCCCAGCUAGUGAAUGCCACGGACAUAACUUGUGGACCAGGUCAUGGUAUCAGUAUUGGAAGCUUAGGAAAUGGAGGUUCAGAAGCUCGUGUUUCAGAUGUGACAGUGAAUGGAGCUAAUCUUACUGGAACUAAAAAUGGAGUCAGGAUCAAGACAUGGCAGGGAGGAUCAGGAAGUGCAAGCAAAAUUAAGUUUGAGAAUAUUCAAAUGAACAGUGUGACCAACCCUAUAAUCAUAGACCAGAACUACUGUGAUCCAUGCACAUAUAGUUCAGCUGUUCAAGUGAGAGAUGUGUUGUACGAGAACAUCAAAGGCACAAGUGCUUCUCAAGUGGCUAUAACAUUUAAUUGCAGUCACAGCUCUCCAUGUCAAGGGAUUAGGUUGCAGAAUGUCAACAUAAAAGGUGACAAAGGUCAAACAGCCAAAGCUAUUUGCAGCAAUGUCAACGUUAUUAACACUGGAGUCGUUUCUCCAAAAUGCCCUUGA